CGCCGCCCUCUGGCGAAGUGUGGCGCGGAGCCCGGCGAGAGGCGGAGAAGCGGUUAUGCAACACAGAUCUUUGAAGCGACCUUUAUGUAGAUGAAACUUUCAGAGGCAGCACUCCAUUUUGGAACCUACCUUUUUUGAGAGCAUAUGGGACUUUCCAAGGCACCUUCUAUCUGGGCUACAUAUAUUGCUUACUCCUAAAUACGUCAGAGAACAAUGAGGUCUUUUUAUUUUUUGUGUAUUUUCACACUAUAUAGUGAAGUUUCUUCCAUCUCAUUUUGUUCAAUGGGAACAACUUGAGCAAGACUUGUGGUUGCUUUUUAUUUUACUAGAUUUCCCUUAAGGAGCCAAAUCUUUAUGAAACAUGUCCACCAUACUUUUAUUUGUAGUUUUUUAUUUGUGACUGAGACCGUAUAUUAAUUUCAGCGUAUUUUAGCUGUUUUGGUUUGAACCUGUAUUUUUUUAAUUACAACAUAUAUCAUAAUGCAAGGAAUUAAAUUAUUUCAGGUUUUCAGAAAAUAAUUUGCAUGCAUCAGAAAUAUUUUAUGGCUAUUCAUGGCUCAUUAAUAUAGCAGUUUAACGGUACUAAUAUGAGGCAUUGCAUUAAUUGUUGUAUACAGUUAUUACCAAAUGACUUGCACAAACGGUGUUUCAGAUGCCGUCGGUCUAAUCAUAUUAACCAGAAGUGUCCUGUGUGCAAACAAGAAAAUAUAAUUCCUUUGUAUGUGGAUAGUAAGCAGAUGAACUUGCUAGCAGUCUUGGAAGUAAGGACUCAUCAUAAUGAAAGCUGGAAUGGAUUUUUUUGCUUGAGGAAAGGGAAGCUAUGCAGCUUGAUAUUUGGGUUGAUAAUAAUGACUUUAGUGAUGGCAUCAUACAUACUGACUGGAGCCAAACAUGGCCUAUUGCUAAUACCUUCGCCUUUCCAUUAUGAAGCUUUUACUGGCAGUCCAAACUUAAUGGACAAUGAAAGCCUUAGUGAGAUGAAAGACCAUUACCAGCCUUCUAAAAUUAAUAUUUCAUAUGUAAGGGAUUAUCCAAGCAUUAAAUUAAUUAUUGACACUAUUACUUCAAAGAUUGAGUUUAUAAACAGACAACGUCCAGAUUUAGACGACCUGAAGAAACAAGAACUGCAUAUGUUUUCAAUAAUUCCUAAUAAAUUCCUUCCAAAUAGCAAGAAUCCUUGUUGGUAUGAAGAAUAUAGAGGAAAUACUACAACAGAUCCUUACACAACAAACUCAUAUGCACUGUAUUCAAAGCGUUUUCGGACCAUAUUUGAUUACCUCAAAAAAGUAUUUUGGAACCACUUGUAUCAUUAUAAGGAUAAGCACUAUCGGCUGCGCUGUCUUCCUCAUUUCUACAUAAUAGGCCAGCCAAAAUGUGGAACGACUGAUCUUUAUGACAGGCUCCGGUUACACCCGGAUGUUAGAUUCUCAGCAAUUAAAGAACCACAUUGGUGGACAAGGAAGCGAUUUGGAAUAAUUCGUCUGAGGGAUGGAUUUCAUGAUCGCUACCCAGUGGAAGAUUACCUUGAUCUGUUUGACUUGGCUGCAUAUCAGAUUCAGGGUGUGUUACAGAGCGAUGUAACAAAAGGGCACAGCAAGAUGAACCACAUCAUCAUUGGAGAGGCCAGUGCUUCUACAAUGUGGGAUAACAAUGCCUGGGUUUUCUUCUAUGACAACAGUACUGAUGGAGAACCUCCAUUUUUAAUCCAGGAUUUCAUCCAUGCUUUCCAGCCCCAUGCCAAACUUAUCGUCAUGCUGAGGGAUCCUGUUGAAAGAUUGUAUUCGGAUUAUCUGUACUUUGCAAGUGCAAAUAAAUCCGCAGAAGACUUUCAUGAAAAAGUGGCAGAUUCACUGCAGCUGUUUGAAAAUUGCAUGCUGGAUUACUCACUGAGAGCCUGUGUCUACAACAACACCCUUAACAAUGCCAUGCCUGUGAGGCUACAGGUUGGCCUAUAUGUUGUGUAUCUCUUGGACUGGCUGACUGUUUUCGACAAGGGUCAGAUACUAGUUCUGCGCUUAGAGGAUCAUGCAUCCAAUGUUAAAUACACCAUGCAUAUGGUGUUCCAGUUUCUGGAUUUAGGGCCUAUAAGUGAGAAACAAGAAGCUCUAAUUACAAAGAGUCCUGCAUCAAACACUAGACGUCCUGAAGACCGAAAUCUGGGACCCAUGUUACCAACGACAAAGGCAAUUCUAAGAGACUUCUAUAGGCCUUUUAAUACAAAACUGGCGCAAGUUCUUUUUGAUGAUGCUUUUUUAUGGAAAAAGACAUAAUAUGUAAAUUCACUUCCACAAAUACACUGCUUUAAGGAGUUUU